AUAACCAUGUCAUAGGAGACAACCAACAAAAGUUGCUACUCGAAAAAUUGAUAUUUAUAUAGUCAUGAAGGUUCUCAUCACUUGCCUUUUCUUGAUCGCUGCCGCCCAGGCCACUGAAUGGUCAAACAUUCGUCCCGUCAUCAAGACGAGCCCUGCCAUCCGACAUAUCAUCCCUGGCAAGAUAAUCGGUGGUGGCAUUGCCACCCUGGGACAAUUGCCCUACCAAGCUGGGGUCAUAAUUGAUUCCGUUGGCUUCUGCGGAGGCUCUCUAAUAUCAGAAACCGUCGUCUUGACUGCCGCUAGCUGCAUCAGAGGAUUCAGCAGCUGGGAGGUCGUUUUAGGCGCACAGAACAUCACCGACAGCAGCGAACCUACCAGGCAGACCUUCACGACUUCCGACGCUGUUACCCAUGAGCUGUAUCUUCCCCAAAUAAUCAAAAACGACAUUGGAAUAAUCAACCUGGGAGGCACCGCCGGAGGUCCUGGAAUUAGCCCUGUAAGGUUGCCAGCCCGUUCUCAGGAGACGGAACAAUUCAUUGGCGCCAAGGCUCGCGUUUCGGGAUGGGGAAUUACCUCUGACACUGAACAAUUUGGAAGCCCUGAUUUGAGAUUCGUUGAAGUGGCCGUCAUAAGCAGCGAUGAUUGCUUCGGAUAUUACGGCAACAUCAUCAGCGAAUUCACGCUUUGCACCGACACCAGCGUUGGAACUAUGGGAUUCUGCGACGGUGACACAGGCGGCCCUCUGGUCACCACCGAGAGCGACGGUGUCGAUACGCUGAUCGGAAUUGUGUCCUUCCGCUCCCCCGUAGGAUGCGAGGUUAACGCACCACAUGGCUUCACCAGGGUCACUGGUUACUUUAAAUGGAUCGAAGAUCACACCACAAUUAUUAUCAGGCCUUAAAUGUUUCCGAUGCUAGAAUGAAAAUAAAAUAUUAUUAAAUGCAUUAAA